AUGGCAACUCCCUCCUCGGUUCCGCUGCAGCCAAUCUACCCUCUGCAGAAAGUUCCGACCAUCACCAUUGGUCACGAGCCAUCCUCCCCGGGCUAUCAUGGCCAUUAUUCCAACUACUCUUCACCACCAUAUACAGCGUUCUCUGAUGGCCGCCGCAAAUUUCUCCUUGCCAUUAUUACUGCCGCUGCCUUCCUAGCUCCGGUGGCCGGAAACAUCUACCUUCCAGCUUUGCCUCAGCUCUCCGUAGACUUCCGCGUUAGUCGUGUGGCCAUCAACGCCACAGUCUCCAUCUUCAUGCUAGUCUUUGCUAUCGCACCUCUCUUUUGGGGGGCAUGUGCAGACUUCAUGGGCCGCAAGCCGCUGUACACCAUAUCGUUUCUGAUAUUCGUGCUUGCCAAUGCCAUUCUGAUUUUUAUUCCUGCCAACUAUGGCGCCCUCUUCUUCUUACGUAUUUUGCAAGCCACCGGCGCAUCAAGCGUCGCCAGUCUAGGGGCAGGCACCAUUGCAGACAUGUACGAGCCAAAAAUCCGAGCAGGAGCUAUCUCAAUUUUCAUGCUCGGUCCCCAACUCGGACCUGUUCUCGGCCCAGUCAUCGGGGGAGCUAUUAUAGGUGGCACCUCAUGGAGAUGGAUAUUUGGCUUUCUCGCCAUUCUAGGUGCCGCAAUUUGGGUCUGGAUGCUCUUCUGCCUCCCCGAAACACUGCGAGCAAAAGUUGGGAACUCAGCCAUUCACGCCGACAAACCCUGGGUCGCAUUCCCCAAUUUCCAUGCCCGCGCUCCUAUCAAGCCAGGAACUAUAAUCAUGAAGCGUCCCAGCGCGAUGAAUGUCUUCAAGCUGCUCAAAUACCCCCCGAUCGUGCUUGUCUCUGUCAACGUAGCAAUCCUCUUCGGCUCUUAUUACUGCGUCGCGGUCACUCUCCCCACCCGUCUUAGGUACGAAUACCACUUCUCCGAAACCGCGAUCGGCGUCGCAUACAUCCCCAUUGGCGUUUCAAUGAUAGCCGGAUCACUUCUCAGCGGCCGCUAUUCUGACUGGGACCACACCCGUGCCCAACGCGCGAGCCCUGAUGGGAAAGUGGCACCAGAGAACCGCAUCAAGUCACAGCUCUUUGGCGUGGUACUUUUCCCGGUCGGCAUCGAGCUCUAUGGCUGGUCCUGCUACUUUGCGUUCCACCCCGCCGUCGUGCUAACGGCGACGGCCGUGGUCGGCUUCAGCAUGAGCUGGGUCUUCGCGACGAACACUACAUACAUGACAUUAGCUAAGCCAGGGCAAGCCGCCACCCUCGUCGCUAUUGCCAGCCUCUUCCGCAAUCCAGCCGCGUCCUUGGCCUCGCUCGUCAUCGACCCUAUUGUGACGAAGAUUGAUAUGAGCUGUAUUCUGAUUGUGAUUGUCCUUAUUUGGUACGGGCCGGGCUGGAGGAAGAAUAUAGAGGACGAAAUGGCGGCGGAGAAGGCCAAAGCGGCGCCGAGUAUGGGUGCAGGAGCUGUUGGAGUAUCAGCGGUCAGUCUGGCGCCGUCGACGAUGCAAAGGUGAGAGCGAACAAGAUGGUGUCCGAAAUAGAGCCUUGAUUUUAGCGAUCUGCAUAGUCGGCGUUCUAAGGGGGUUCACUGUAACCAUGAUUUAUAUAUAUACUCUCGAAUUGCCAUGAUUAGCGAGCAAAUCAUAUUAAUUUAUCAUCGC